AUGACGGCUUAUUUCGUUAAUAAAGUAUACAUACUUAUACUUGUUUUUGGAAUCAUUGGAGUGCUGGCAACGAUCCAUCCUAAUGAAAUUGCAAACAACCGCUUUAACAUGAGAAAUUUGCUAAAAAGAGACUACACUACAGUAGUCACAACAUAUGUUACAACAUCAAUGUAUACCACAUCCUCUUUACACACAUCUUGCUCAAUGGUGCAAUGUCAAGGUUGUACAGUGAAGUCAUGUCCAAAUAAGCGACAAGAUAGGUGUUCUGCAUGUUCAACGAAUACUGUACCAUACACUACAUACACCGUACUUACUAAAGUCGAUACUUUGGUAAUCUGGGUGCCCUCAACACCAACACUGCCACCAGAACCUACAGCACCAUCACCAGAACAUACAACAUAUACACUACCGCCACAAGAACCUACAACACCGUCAUCAGAACAUACAACAUAUACACCACCGGCACAAGAACCUAUAGCACCGUCAUCAGAACAUACAACAUAUACACCACCGGCACAAGAACCUAUAGCACCGUCAUCAGAACAUACAACGUAUACACCAUCGCCACCAGAACCUACACCACCGUCAUCAGAACAUACAACAUAUACACCACUGUCGGCGUCUAUUGUCAAUAAAUUAUCAACAGCACAAUUGACAUUUCUACUGUCGACACCAUCGACUGCCUUAUUGUUAACACAGUCUACUGAUUUAACACCAACAUCAAGUGAAGCUAGCUCUAGUUCAGCAAUUGCAACUACUACCAAAGCAGUUACAGCAGCAGCAGCAAAUUCCUUAUACGAUGAAUUAACUACUUUCAAUCUCGCAAUUGGGUUAAUUAGUUUUACUUUUAUUAUUAAUCAAUUUAUUUAA